GCACUCUGAGAAAACAAAUCGCAUCAUCACACAGAGGGGAGUGAGUUCUGCCGAAAUUAUCAAGAAGUUGUAAAGAGGACUCUUUUGCACUUUCGCUUGCACACGAAGCAAGAGGGAACUGAUACAAGACUGGCUCUAAUACUGCACAACUGCAUCUAGCCGCUCGUUUCCAAAAACUCGCUCCCAACUCUCCCGUACUUUCUGACCUUCAGCGGUUUUUAAGCCCACUCAUAGGCGGGCACACAGUCAUGUAGAGAGCAGCGUGUGAAGGACGCCCAGAUCACUUUCAGCACUUUCUACACAAAGAGAGAUGCCAUUUCCCUGGCUACUGCAACAAUGGGGGACUUUGAUAACAGGCUGCUUUGGAUGUGUUUUCAUCGGGGCAGUGUACGCCUGGCAUUCAGCGAUGGGUGGAGUGGGAGAGCUCUGCAGCAGAGCCGCAUCACAGAAGAGGGUGACACUCCUUGCUCUUCGGGCUGGACUGCGCGGCGGCAGCAGCCCGCCCCCCGCGUCCCCCAGCCAUGUCGUCACGCAUUGCCCUGCGCCUGCAGCUCAUGCGGGACCAGAUGCAGCAGGAGGAGCAGCGGGAGCGGCAGCAGCAACAGGCAGCAGCCAUGCAUUACAUGCAACAUCGCAUGCCAGGCCCGUCUGCGUCCUCACCAGCCAUCAGAGCGCCAACUCACUUCCAGGCCCCCAUGCAGGUCCCUGUGGAAGUGCUAAAGAUGUUGGAACAUGGCUGCAGAGAUUUUCUCCCUUUCAGACACAAGAGCAUCUGUGAGGUACAGACCCACCUUGAGAACCCCACAGACUACCACAUCCGACAGUCUCAGCGGCAGCAAGUCAAGGAAUUUCUGUCAACUACCUUUGCCACCAAGCAGACUGUACACGCUGUAGCAAGCUUGGUUCAGCCUUCUUCACCCACCAUGGCCCAGGGUCAGACAGGAGCCGCCCCACCACCCCUGCCAUCUCCAUGCAUGCGCACAGAGCAGCUCAUGAACUCUGCUGGAAAUAGCGCCCCCAACAGUCCCAUGGCAAUGCUCAACAUCGGCUCCAGUCACGAGAAUAAGAUGGAUGAGGUUAUUGAUGAUAUCAUCAGCCUGCAGUCCAGUUAUGAUGACAUCCAGCCUUAUCUUGACACCGUGGUGCAGAUGCCAAACACACUCCCGCUGUCUAGCAGCCACUUGGAUGUCUACACGGGGCCAGGUAUGACCGGACCAGCGAUCGCCAUGACCAGCAACUCCUGCCCUGCCAACCUGGCCAUAAAGAGAGAGAUGUCAGAUGCUGAAGCCCGUGCUAUAGUUAAAGAGAGACAGAAGAAAGACAGCCACAACCUGAUUGAGAGGAGGAGAAGAUUUAACAUUAAUGAUCGAAUUAAGGAGCUAGGCACCAUGAUUCCCAAAACCAAUGACCUGGAUGUGCGCUGGAAUAAAGGUACGAUUCUGAGGGCAUCGGUGGAGUAUAUUAAGCGCAUGCAGAAGGACAUCCAGAGAACCAGAGAGGUGGAGAAUAACUUCAGGAGGAUGGAGAUGGCCAACAAGCAGCUGUGGCUCCGCAUUCAGGAGCUUGAGAGGCAGGCACAGCUGCACGGCCUGCCCAACACCUCUCCAUCUGGCCUGAACAACAUCGAGCUACUAAACCCCUUCGUCAAGCAAGAGAACAGCCCAGAAAAGAACCACCUCCCACAUCAACCCCACCUCCCUCCUCACUACCCCCAACACCAGCAGCACCAGGGUCAGCCACAGCCCCAACCUCACCCUCAGCUCCACCAGCACCUCCACCCACAGCCCCAGCUGCAGUAUCCGGCUGUGGGCAGCUCCCAGCACUUUGACUAUGCCCUGUCACUGGAUGGGGGAUUCCCAGUAUAUCAGGAUGGGAUGGGGGGCAUGGGAGAUCUCGGCUCGUUGGGUGGAGGUGUCACACCGAUGGGAAAGAAGAGUGAGCUGAGCUUCUUGCUGAUGGACGAGGCCCUGUCGCCUUUGGGUGGAGACCCACUGCUGUCUGCAAUGUCCCCCGAGGCUUCUGUGGACAGCAGCCGCCGUAGCAGCUUCAGCAUUGAGGACUCAGACAUACUGUGACCUGGCCAGCCUCGUGUGUCACUGCACCAUAUGCAUAUGAUGCGACAUACACACAGAAAUUGCAUGUAGUUACACAGUUAACAAGGAAAGGUACGAUGCAGUUGCACCCUGCCAUCUGUAAUACAGUUUAGGUGUUUCCUUUAUAGUCUGAUACUUUCUACAGAGCCAUGCUUUUCAUACACAAACACUUUUCACUCUACGCAAAAAUGCACAUACUGAUAAUUGGAUACAUGCAAUAUAGACCAGCUGAACAAACAGAGAGAACUGAUAUGCUUGAAUACUGUCAACCAGAAUUGGCCUAUAUUGUUCCUGUUGCACAAAAACGAACACACACAGAAACAUUAUGUACCCCGCAAAAUGUUCUGAAUAUUGUUUGAUAGGCCAAAGAAAUUUAGUUCAAACAUUUAUGUCCACACACUCACAUUCUCUAUCUAUAGAAAUCCUUGACUUUUUACCUUUAACAUGCUGUAUAACAGCCUUUUCCCCACGUGCGAGACUGUCACACCCACUUAAUGUCCUCUAGAGCUGAUUAUUGGAGCCUUUUUUCACUUGAAUUAUACAGCCACAUCUGAGCUCUUAGAUAGACAGACAGGAAGCCUGCUGUACCAGCGAGAGUAAUGCAAAGGCAGCUCAUCCACAGACAAAAUAGGAAGGACAGGGUUUCCACAGUCAUGGAAAACUUGGAAAUAUCAGGGAAUUCCACUUGUUUUUCAGUCCUCGAAAUGCCAGAAAUAUCUGCUUUAAAAUAUUUCUUCGGCUGAAUAUUGGUCACAGGUAGAUUAAAACUUGCUUGCCAGCCAUAGCAAUGCCUAAUUUGUGAUCUCAUUGUUCUUUUGAGUCGUUUAUUUCAACAAGUCGAUCGAAACGGUUCAGAAAUUGGUCUGAAUGAUUUAUUAGCGAAUUGGUUAAGAGUUUAAAUCAUUUUAAAACAUCCUUAUCCAGUGAUCACAAAUGACUGGAGAGGUCAUGGAAAUUCAUUGGUCAAAAAGUGUGGGAACCCUGGAGGGGUCAUGUAAUGUCCAUGCAGGAAAAUGAAAGAAAGAAAGAAAGAAAGAAAGAAAAAAAGAUAAACAGCUACUGAAAUGAGUCCUACUGCAAAAAAAAAAAGAAAAAAAAAAGGCCAAAUCUUGUACUGAUAUUGGUUGAAGGGAUAGUUCAACCAAAAUUGAAAAUGAUCUCAUUAUUUACUCACUCUCAUGAUAUCCCAGGUGAGUAUGACUUUCUUUCUUCACCAGAACACAUUUGAAGAAAAAUAGAAAAAUAUCUUAGCUCAGUAGGUCCUUAAAAUGCAAGAAUGAUUUAGAGUAAAAAAAAAAAAAAAAGUACUGAAAUAUUAAUCUUUUCACUCCAAAAGCGAUCGUGAUGCUUUAGAAAACAUUCAUUUAACAGCUGGUGUCGUAUUGGAUGUUGUUUAUGCUGACUGUCUGUGAUUUUUGGAGCUUCAAAAGAGAAAUCGCCAGUCACUUGCACUUUAAGGACCAACUAAGCUAAGAUAUUUUUCUAUUUUUCUUAAAAUGUGUUCUGGUGAAGAAAGAAAGUCAUACACACCUAGGAUAUCAUGAGGGUGAGUAUAUAAUGAGAGAAUUUUCAUUUUUGGGUGAACUAUCCCUUUAAGGUAGUAUUUUUCUUAAAAGGCCAUUGUCAUACUCAGGUGUGAAUCUCCACCAGCUUGGAGAGACUUUGAAAAAAGCUACCUUAACUUACUUUUAGAAUUAGUUUUAUGUGUUUUAUGUAGCUGCUGUUGUCACUGUUGAGGAUGAAACAACAAAGGCAGGCUUCUGUUUGAAUAACAGACCAGACCAGGUGCUAGUGUAACAGUACAGUUAGUGGACAGAACAGCAGAUCAUGACAUAAAUUAGCUAGUUGGUCUCCUAGUAAGGUGCCUUAAGGCCAAGGUCGGAUUCUUCUAGAAGCACACGGUCAAAUGCAUGGUCCUCUCAUGUUGGCACGCAGUAAAAUAAGAGCCAACAGCUGUGAGUGCCGUUUGCCAAGUUUGAAGUUCAUACAGCCCAAGGUGCCUUUCAGGAAACCUGGAUCAACUUGAAAUUUGAUCCAGCUUUUGAGAUGUACAGUAUAGGAAAGGAAGUGGAAUAUGUAGUAAAGGUACUGUACAUUGUUCAUAUAGGUUUUCUUUCUUUCUUGGACUUUUUUACUUCCCCAAGUGCUGGGGAAACCAAUUAUAAUUUAAUUGACAUUAUAAAGAUUUUAUGAAGUGAAUGUUUUAUGCCACUAAGCCACUUAAAUGUAUUUUAUCUGUUUUAGUUUUUUUUUAUUUUAUUUUAUUUUUUCUUCUAAAAAAAAAAAAAAAAAAAAAAAAAUCUGUCUAACUGCUGAGCCAUUAAAAUACAAUAUACAAAUAUUUCAUCUGCCAUUCUAUCAUACAAAUGGCUAGUGCAGAGCCAUAUUAUAUAUUUUUUUUUUUGUUGUUUUUUUUUUUUGUACAAAAUCAUUAAAACACAUCAGGCUUUUAAGAGGUUAAAAGAACAUGUAUAAUGUUGUUUUUAUAUUGAUUUGAUUCCUUCUUUUUUUUUAAAGAAAAAGACAGCUAUUUGAAGAAAAUUGAUACUGUUGAGUAGUGAUUCGUUGUUUUAAUUCAAUUUUAAUUAAUACUGAGAGUGUGAAUUUUAUGUGUUGUUCAGUUUAGUAGGUUAAACUCAAGGUGACUUGUAGUCUGCCUUUGUCAAGCAUGAGCUUUAAUUGAACCCAUGUGCUGUUCUCAAAAACAAGAUCCAAAUGGAGAGCGGUGCACUUCCAGUGUAUUAUUAACCAGCUCUCUCUGUUUUACAGUUUUAAAGGUACAGUUCAUAAGUGCCAUCUCCAUCUGUAAUAUUUUACACAUUACUAUUAUUAUUGCAGGUGUUUGUUGUCAUGACUGUGCCUGCCUACUGCAGCAUUAUUGAUCAUACAUUGAAACAAGUUAGAACCAACCAACACCCUUGUCGAAUCAUGUUGGUUACUCUAUGCAAAUUUUUGACUUGGUUAGCUAGAAUAGGCAUAGCAAAAAUAAAAAAGAGACAAAAUCUAUGCAAGGGCAUUUUUGGAUAGCAUAGCGGGAGAGGGCUUCUAAUUUAGCUUGUGUGACAGUUUUGUUUUUAGCCAUGCACCAGGAAUGAGAAGGUUUGCCAUUAAGAAUGAAGAUAAAUCACUUGAAGUAAAGAUUAUGCUUUGGUAAAAUGUCUUGAUUUAAAGGGGAAAAAAAGACUCACUAUACAGCAUGCUGAAAGACAAUACAAACAGAAUGUGACUCAAAUUUUUAGCAAAACCCUCUGAAGGCCUUGAGAAUGUUUCAGUACUGUGUCAUGUCUAUGGGAUUUGCUCUUUCAAAAAUCUCUAGAAGUAAAUGACACCUCUCAUUAAAUGUAUUUAAGUUGAUGGGAAAA